AUGUCUGAAGACUGGGACUCUGUUACCGUUAUUGGAAGAAAAGCCCGUGUAGGAGGCUCCGGACCUCGUGAGAACAUCGCCAGAACUAAAGGUGCCAUCAAUGAAGCCAGAAGAACUGGUAGCGUCAUAGCCGUCGAAAAGAAAUAUGGCAGCGGUAAUUCAAAGUCUGAUCCUGAGGGCCAGAAGUUAACCAAGAUCGACCGUGAAACAGACGUUGUACCUCCAAAGAAGAUUGAUGCCAACGUUGGUAAGGCCAUCUCUAAAGCGAGAUUGGACAAGAAAUUGACCCAAAAAGAAUUGGCCACAAAGAUCAACGAAAAACCAAAUGUUGUCAACGACUAUGAGGCUGGUAGAGCUGUCCCUAACCAGCAGUUGCUGGCUAAGAUGGAGAGAGUUUUAGGGGUCAAGUUAAGAGGAAAGAACAUCGGUGAUCCAUUAUUUCCAAAGAAGAACUAA